UUUAAAGCGUCUGAUAUUUUUUGACGGAAAAUCCCUCAACGUUAACAACUUCUUCCCUCCAUUUUCUUUUGCAUAAAUAUCUCAUCUGCUUGUUUAUUCUGCCAUGAUAGAUUGAAAUUUUCAUUCUGAUUCUCAUGUAUACAUACAUAUGUAGCUUUGCUUUUUUGCGCUGGUUAUUGUUGAAGUCUCCUCAAACCCACACAGCAGCACACAAAAACAAACAAGUGUAGACCAGGUGUGCUGUUUGGAAAUCAGGUUUAAUUUAAUUUUUGCCUUGCUGAAGAGUUCUCAGAUUUUUGACUUGACCCAACGUGAGCAGGUUUUUUUCAAACAAAUUCGCCAAAAAUGAUGCAACCUGUUGCUGGAAGUGCUGGAACUUCAUCUACAGUAGUGAAGCGUAAGAAGCAGCAAAAGCAAAAGAAAGUUCAAAAGCAAGUGCAAAAAUUUGGAAAACCAGAAAGGAGAGAUUGGUAUGUUGGCUUCAAACUUGAGGAGCUGCCUCGUACGCAUGGCGACUUCAAGUACAUUGAUGAGAAGAUGCACAGUUCCAUAGUGGCCCAUGACAACCAUAUCAAGUUCUCCAGCUAUGAAAUCCUAAAGGUGUUCAAAGUCCUCAAUUCCAACAUGUACGAGUGUUACCAAAAACGCAGAGCUGAGAUGAAUCAAGAGAUCAUGAAGGAAAGCAAAAGUUCUGGAUAUGUGGAGGAGAUGAGACUGUGGCAUGGAUCUCCUCAGGCUGAGAAAAUCUGCCAAAUCGGCUUCAAUUUGCAGCCAUCAAACCCUAACGGAAUGUUUGGCAAAGGAAUCUACUUUGCUGAGCACUCCUCAAAGAGCAACCAGUACUCUUGGGGUGUCAACGGCGGCUGCCCAACUCACAGAGAUCAAAGCUGCUACAAAUGCACCCGUCAGAUGCUGCUGUGCAAAGUGGCGCUUGGACGAAAGUACCUCACCCCUCAACUGAUCACCAAUGCACCUCCCCAAAUUGACACUGUCGUGGCUCGACCUGAAACUAUCAAUGUUGGUCUCCGGUACCCUGAGUAUGUCAUCUACAACCAAGACCAGGCUUACCCUGGCUACCUGGUCCACUACAGAAUCCUGCCUGAAGUUUGCAAGGACUGCACGAAUACACAGCCCGUGAUGAAGGCCAAGCAGAUCCAGCUCGCUACUCAACCACAACCUGCACCUAAAGUGGCCAUUCCAGCUCAAGCUUCUUCCGCCUUGGAUGGCUGCACCAUCUGUUAAGCUUUGAGCCUUCUCAUUUAUAUUCUGACCACAGAGUUAAAGCAUGUCUGAUAAAAUUGAAAAUUAUAUCUUAUGUUCUAAAGGCUGGAUGCUGACGUGCAAUCCAAAAACUAAGUUUUCAAUCAAAUACUGUACUG